AUGGGUAAAUCCUCCAAAGACAAGCGCGAUGCCUACUACCGUCUGGCCAAGGAACAAAACUGGCGCGCCCGAUCCGCCUUCAAACUGAUCCAAAUAGACGAGCAAUUCGAUCUAUUCGAGCACGAGAACCCAGACAAAGUCACCCGAGUCGUCGAUCUGUGCGCCGCCCCGGGCAGCUGGAGUCAAGUGCUGAGUCGCGUUCUGAUCAAGGGCGAGAGUUUUGGUCGCCGCGCCUGGGUCGAGAAGAAGCGCAAGGAAAAGGAAGCCCUCGAACGAGUCCGCAAUGGCUCAAACACCACAACCACCUCAUCAGAAGAUACCGACAUGACCGAACUGAAACCCCGCAAGAACGUCAAAAUCGUCUCCAUCGAUCUUCAACCCAUGGCGCCUCUCGAAGGCAUCACCACUCUCAAAGCAGACAUCACCCACCCCUCUACCAUCCCCCUCCUCCUGCGCGCCUUGGACCCAGAAGCCUACGACUCCACCUCCACCUCUUCUACCCCCUCCGCCAUUCGUCCCCCUCACCCCGUUGACCUGGUCAUUUCCGACGGCGCCCCGGACGUAACAGGCCUGCACGACCUCGACAUCUACAUCCAAUCGCAACUACUCUACUCUGCACUCAACCUCGCCCUGGGCGUCCUCCGCCCCGGCGGCAAAUUCGUCGCCAAGAUCUUCCGCGGCCGCGACGUCGAUCUCCUCUACGCGCAACUCCGCACUGUGUUCGAGAAAGUCAGCGUCGCGAAGCCGCGGAGUAGUCGCGCUAGUAGUCUGGAGGCGUUCGUCGUGUGCGAGGGAUUCAUCCCGCCUUCCAUCCACGCUGGCACGGACGCGCUGAAGAACCCUAUCUUCGGGGGCGUGGCUGUCCCGCCUCCUGUCUCAGCCGACGGAAACGUCGGAGUGGAGGUCAUCGAGAGCGAGGACGACGAUGCACGCCCCGUCAAGCUGGCCCGCUUUGCUCCGGCCGAGGCGACUCUAGGCGCUGCGUCAGCGGAGUCUAGUCAGACAGAGGCGCGUCUUCUCCACGAUGACUCGUUGGCGUCGGUGACGCCUACGCCGUUGGCGUAUAAGUCUGCCGGUGAGAAGUUCGCUGUCGAGAACAGGUGGAUUCCUAGGUUCAUUGCGUGCGGUGAUCUCUCGGCUUGGGAUUCGGACGCCUCGUACACGCUGCCGCCGGACCAUGUCAGUUUGGAUCCGGUGCAGCCGCCUACUGCGCCGCCUUAUCGGCGGGCCUUGGAGUUGAGGAAGGAGAAGGGUGGUGCGUAUGGAAAGACGAAGUUGGGUAGUUUGGGACGGGCUUGA